UCGGCGAUGAUCGACACUCAUCGGCAGUCCUCGUUGGUAGUCGGGUCGUUGAGAAAUUGAAACUUGUCUUGGCAAGGGAGCACGUGUGUGGUAUCAACAGCGCGCAAUUUGCUUGCGUGUGAGUCUUUUUUCUAGAAUUUUCGGUUGUUUUGCGUUUAUACGAUUUUAUGAACAAACGCAAAAAUGCAGCGCUCCACGAGAGACUCGGACGAAGAUGUAGAAUCGAGAACAGGCCGUAGAACACGAACAUUGACCACACAGUCAGUGGUAGAUUCUCCAAUACGUCGUAGCAGCAGAAUAAAGCAAUCUAUCAAGAAACUCUCACCAGAUUCUGAAAGUGACACCAGUACUAAUAGUCAACCAGUUAGGACUACUAGGCAACGGACAGCCACUAUGGAUUCUAUCACUACAGAGACAUUGAAAGGACGUCGUGUCAGAAAGUCUUCCAUUUCUUCAGAAGCUAGUGAAAUAUUAGAUACCGAUAUAGGAACUCCAUCGAAAAGAAUUACAAGGAGAAGCUUUAUUACUGCAACACUUGGCACACCUACCAGAGCCAGUACUCGAGCAACUAGUAAACAUUUUGUGCGUGCUGGAUCUGAGACAAAGUCACCACCACCAUCACUUAGAACUACACGUAGAACAAGAGCUAGUUCCGUUGAUCCAGAAACCAUGUCUGAUCAAAACAAAUGUACACCAAAUGUAUCAACGAAGAUACGCAAACGGGCAUCCGUGUUGCCAUCGCAAUCACCAGUUAAGGAGGAAAUUGAAGAGAAACAGCAAGAGUCUGAUAAAAAAAUAGUAGUUACAUUACCUGAAGUUGAAGAAUUUACAAGUUCAGGUCACGAUUCUGCAGUGGAUGAGAUAGCAUGUUCUAAAGAAAAUCAGAAGGCUAAAGAAAUAGAUAAUACAAGCAAGGACAAAGUUGAAGACGACAAUAGCGGUGACGAAACGAUAUUAACUAUAACAUUAGAUGAAACAUCUCAACAAUUGGCGGACAAUGAAAUACAAAGUAAACAUACAGAUGUAACAAUAGCAGAUAAGAUACAAAGCAGCUGCACAAAAGAUUUAUCAUCUGAUAUUGAAAUUGAAAUAGAUGAUGAAAUUAAUUAUACAAACGUUGAAAAAGAUACGAAAGGAGAUAAAUCUAGCAUAAUUGAAAAUGAAGAAUAUUUGACAGAAGUUGAAGAUUCGCAGAUAGAUAUGUGCAAAAAAUCGCCUACGAAAGAAUUAACAGUUAGGCUUGAAAAUAUAUUUGAAACUUCUGUUGGGCCGAAAAGAAGUCCAAGCAAUAAAGAAAAUCAAACACUAAAUAUUAUUAAUGAUAUAUCAGCUGAAAAGAACACAGGACCUAUUAUUACUAACGUAACAUCGUUAAAUACUAAAUCUUUGACUACAGUCUUUGUGAAUAAAUCAUUAACAGAGAAAGAAAUUAAAUGUACGAGGAACGAGUCAAGUUUAAGUAAACGCCGUCACUCGAGAGAAUCUACAGAAACUGUAGUGAAACAUACCGCCGUAUUGAAAGAAAGUACUGAUAACAUUGAGGAAAUAACGGAUUCUUCUACAGAUCCUUUAAAUCCGAUUAUAAUUCACGAGAAGAAAAAUUUAGAUAGUUCUUCAGUAGACGAUACAACUAAAAGACAGAGCUUGGUGCAUGAUGUAGACAAAAAAUCAACUACGAAUGAUACAGUUAAACAAGUUUCAUUGAUUAAAGAUACAGAAUUAGUUGAAGAAAUGAUCGACGAUCAUAUAUUUGUUGAAACAGUAAGUAGAACUGAUGAAAAUACAACAAAAAUGGCCAAUAAAUUAGAUAGAAGUGUUAUGGAGACUUGUAAUAAAACCAUUGAUAGUAGAGGGAGCUCAUGUUCUUCAAUUAAUAAUAGUGAAAUAGUAUUAGAGUUGGAAGAAUCAAAUGCGUCCCAAGAUAACAAGUCGUCUAAUGUCGAAUCGAUGAAGACUAUGGUAGAAUCCAAUUUGGAUCAUUCAAAUGAGUCAAUAGAUGUUGAAACUUGUGAUAAUAAAUCCACCGAUAAAGUGGCCUCUAUAACUCAAGAUAAAACAGGAGACGAUUUAUUGGAGUCUGCAGAACAGAUAAAGAAUUUAUCCGAUCAUAUAACGAAAUCAACUCCGGAAUCAUCCAGUGCUAUUUCGAAGACGAUCAAUUCUUCCUCUAGCGAUUUAAACAUAGAUAAUUCAGUGAUUAAAAAUAUACAGUUUGGUGAUAUUAUGAAAGUUUCUGAGGAAUCCACAGCAGAUAUGUCUAGAAAAGAAGAAUCGAUGAAUACUUCAUUGAAAAUCACCAUGAUUUCAACACAGCGAGAGAAUGAAAAUACAUCGGCUUUGAACAUAGGAGAAAAGAGUACACAAUUGGAUCAUGAAGAUAAAGAUCAAGAAGAUUCAGAAAAUAUGGAAAUCGAUGACGAUAAAUCUGAUGUCGACAUUGUUAGCAUGUUUCGAGAUAUUCCGGCCGACGAAUGGAAGAAAGAUGUAGCUGAAACAAAAAAAGCUGUCGAAGAUAAAUCCAAUCUUAUUUCGGUAGAAAAUGAAAGCGAAGCCGAAUGUGAUCUUGUUUUGGUAGACAAACAAGCAUGGUUGGCGGCUGAAAGCAUAAAAGCAGUAAGGGAUAAGGAAUGUUUCGAAUAUGAUUCCGAUGAUACUGUUUUGUUGAAGAGUAAAUUAGACGUUGAACAAGCCAAUAGUAAAAAAAGAUUGUCCGCCAUAAACGAAGCAUUAUUAAUAAAUAUCGAUGAUGAUGACGAAGAAGAGGAAGAUGAAGAAAAAGAAGGAGAAGAAAAAGCAGUUAAACCAAUUAAAACACGAAAAUCAUCGAUUAAAAGAAAAUCUGUAUCAAAAGAUGAAGAUUCUUCAACUAUAUGUAUAGAUGUAGAUAGCUCGAACUCCAUCGACAAAUUUUUAAACAAAUCGGAAAAAUACUUAAAUAGAAGUAGUAGUCGAGGUGCUUCUAGAUUAAAUAAAUCGGGACAGACAUCGGAUGAAUCGGACGAUGAAAUUGGAGAUGACUCAAAUAAAUUAAAUAGAAGUUUACAAGCACGUAAAAAUACAUCUUUACGAAAAUCAACCGAAAAACGAGUAUCAUUGAAUAAAUCUUCAAAAGAAACACCUUCAAGACAGAGCCUCCAAAUCAUACAAAAUAAUUCUGUGAGUAAAUCCCAAGCAAAUAACUCAGAGGAAGAACUAGAUAGUAUAGAAACAUAUACAAAAAGAAAUUUGAAGAAGAAAAUGCGAUCUUUGGGUAAAUUGGAGAAACGUGAGGACGUAGAUAUUGAUGAAGUCGAAUCUGGAAGCAAGAAGAGUUUGUCAAGCGAGGAAAGCGGUAAAGAGGAUAAAGAUGAAAAUGUAGGAGAUUCUGAUGAAAAUGACGAAGAUAUGCAAAAUAAAGAUUUAAAGCAUAAGAAGAGUAAUUUAAAUUGUUCUACGUUAGCAAUCGCAGGAUCAGUUUCAAAUAACUCAAGUAAAUUAAGCGAUAGUACUGAAGAUUCGUUAAAACACUGCGAAUAUAUAGCUUCCUUAUUCGAGUUAGAGAGUGAUACCAAUAAUGACGAUGACGAUGGUAUAGGCAGUAUAAAUUCCGAUAUUAAAAGAGAAUAUAAUCUAGAUGCAUCGGAACAAGAAUAUUCUGAUAAUAAUGUCCCCUAUGAUGAGUGUAGAACUUCGGAAUCAGAAUCUUCAGAUCUUGAUGACACCGGUUCGGAUCUUGCUGAUUUUAUAGUCGCUGAUGAUGCGAUAGAAGGUGAGAAGUACGAAGAAGAGGGAAGGGGAGAACAGAACGAUGAAGAUGACGAACAAGAAAAAGAGGAGGUUGAAGCUGCAGAACAAGAGGAAGUAGAAGAUAAAAAUGUAGACGAUGAGCAAGUGGAGGAUACAAAAGAAAAUGAUAGCACAGAUGCAGAAGAAGAUAAAGAGGAAAAAUCUGUCGAAACAAAGAUAAAUGUGAGUAAAAAUAAUACCUUCGAUAAGUCACUUAAAAUCGGUAAAAAUAAGAGGAAAAUAUCUACUGAACAUAUUAUGGCUUGUCAACCAAAAAAGAAGGAAGAUAUUCAAGUCAAGAAAUCACACACGAAGAAAGUUGAAGAAACUAAUAUUAUCGAUACAUCUGACUCGAUUAAGAAGAAGAGAAAAUCAUACGUAGAUGAAACAGAGCAGGAUUCGAUAAAACAAUUAAAUAAAUCUGAAAUAAAUAGAAAAAAAUUGGUGUAUAUACCCGUGAAAUGCAGUACGCCAAAGAUUAAUUCUUCUGAAGAAGAAUUCGCGAAUGAUGUUGAAACAACUGUGACGGCUUUGGGAGCUUUGGAAGCUGUAGAUGAGAAAUUAAAUAGCAUGAGUGAAAGGACACAGCAUAAGAAAAAAAAGUCGAGAAAGGAUUCUAUAUUGAAAGAUCUCAGUUUCAAGGAACCGAAGCAUACAAAUAAUAAAGAGAAAUUAUUACAUACUAGCCUUCCUUCUGAUGUACUGGAAAGAGUAGAAAAAGCGAGACCGAUGUCCAAAAUGACUGAACUAAGCAAAACGAUGAACGUUACUCACACCGAAACGCCUACAAUAAGAGACCUAAGGAAAGAAAAGUUGAAUGAAAGUGCUCCAGAAUUGAAGUUAAGUGCAGAGACUAGUCAACUGCAGAAGAGACGAUUAUCCAAAGAAAAAAGUAAUAUUGCACAAAAGAAAACAAAUAAAGUGGAUAGCGACGAGGAAAUACCUAAUCUUAUAGCGCUGUUUAAUGAUAACAUACAAGAGCCUAGUCAACGAAAACAGAAAAAACGUAAGAAGCAAGUGGAAGAAACGUCGAACGAGAAUAUCACGGAAAAUGACGUACCUCAAGAUGCUACAGAAUCAGAUAUUUCUAAGCAGCAGAAGAAAAAGAAGAAAAAAGAGGAGAAUAUUGAGCUUAGUCAAGUGUUAACUGCAGAAGAUACUAUUCGCAAAGAUACAUGUCGGCUUAUUGAGAAAAAGAAAAAGAAAAUUCAUGUUAUUAAAACAGACGAGAAUGCAAAAGAUGAUAUACAGCAAGAGAAUAUUCGCAGGAAAGAAAAAGGAACGUUACAUAUAGUACAAAAUGAAGAACAACACAAAAAGAAGAAGAAGAAGAGAAAACAAAUUGUAGCUAACGUGGAAUGUGACGAUACUCUAAAUACAGAAUAUAUCACGUUUGCAAAAAAAAAGGAUAAACAGCAAAAAAUAGAAGACAGUACAGAGUAUAGUUUGCCGAAGAAAUCAUUAAAAAAGAAGAAAAAGGAGAAGGAACAAGAGAAGAUAAAGAAGAAAGAAAAGAUUCUAUCAUCUCAAACUGAAACUUUGAAAUCGUCCAAAUCAAAAUCUGCUAAAAAAACGGAAUCCGAAAAAUCAGAAUUGCAAAAUGUCGUUUUGUCAAAAACGGUUGAAUCUAAAAAUGCUGCUUUUAUCAAAGCGCGAAGUGAAGCGUUGGAAGCCAUCAAGUCUGCUACAGAACGUAUUAAACUCCAUAAAAAACUGAAGAAGAAGAAGCAGCAAGAAGAUAAUGCAAAUAUGAUUCAGGAGCAAGUUGCAGUGGUUCCUAUUAAGAGAAAGAAACCAGAAAUAUAUCUUGAGGAACAGAAGCAGGUUCUACCGUCAUCUACGGGUGGUUUGAAACGUCUUCCAGACAAUGUAAUCGACAAACUCUUGGAUGUACCAACACGAGUGAAGAAACGAAAGUUUUCGAAAAAUACAGAGCAAGUCAUGCCGUCACUAUCGAUGAAUAAUCCCAAAUUUCUCGAAACGAAGGUGAAGAAUAGAACUUUCGUUCCGUUGAGUUCCAACGGUGGUACCACGCAAUUCGCUAUAGUAAAUAUGUCGAAGCCUAAGAAACAGUCGUCGAAAGCGAUCAAUUCAAUAAUAUCGUAUAAACAACGUAUGCUGAAUAAGAAUAGCCGAGAACCUGUUUCUUCUUAUUUGAUGUACCUACAAAAGCAGCAUGCAGUGCAAAAAUCUGCAAAAGAUGGAUUUUCUGAUAAUGCGUUUUGAAUUCCAUUUUAGUGUUACUAAACUUAUAAUAAUAUUUUUUUGUUAGACUACAAUAUUGUAAUAGAUCAUAGUAAUUCCCGUAAGUUUAAAUUAAGCAUUUUAUGUUAUAUGUUACAUGCUCUAAAUAUUGUAAUCAGAUCAAUAUUAUUAAAAAAUAAUAUUGAAAACAUUUUAUAUAUUUUUCAAUGUUGUAUUUCGAGCUGUGCUGUUUAAUAUGCUUCAUGGAAUUUUAUGUUUGUUUUUUUAUUUCUGGAUAAAUAAAAAAACGUUUUAAAGCAUUAAAGUAAAUCAUAUGUAGUGUCAAGUUACAUCUUAACAAUCUAAUCUCUGUUCGGAUAUAUAAAUGGAACAUAUAAUAAAUAAAAAUUAUAAAAAUGUU